GCUCCUUUCUCGCUGGGCGGCUGCCUGUCUCCGGAUACUGAGGCUGAGAUAAGCGGUUAUUAUUAUUUUUUUAACUACAGUUUACAUCUUUUUAAAAAUUCCAGCUCAUUUUAUUUUUACGGGUAAGAGGAACGCAUCGCAACAUCACUUUCGUAGCCUGCAGUUGUUUCAAAGAAGACGAAUUUCAUUUUAAGGUCCAGCGCAGACGUGAAGGUGGCACGAUGAAGUCCAAGGGGAAAGCCGCGAAGCACAGUCAGCAGCCUUGGACGGAAGCGGAGCCGGACUUCCAGCUGGAGAAUGAGCUUGGCUGCAGUGAACACGAAGGCUCAGAGGCAUCUCUGGGACUUGACAGGUCCUGGAGGAGCUCCAGGAGGGAGAACCGGGGCACCGCGCCAGGCUCCAGACGCCGGCGGCCGCACGGAGGCACGAAGGAACGGAACGUGCGACGGCUGGAGAGCAACGAGAGGGAGCGACAGAGGAUGCACAAGCUGAACAACGCCUUCCAGGCCUUACGCGAGGUCAUCCCGCAUGUCUGGACUGACAAGAAGCUCUCCAAGAUCGAGACCCUCACGCUGGCCAAAAACUACAUCAAGGCCCUCACCACCAUCAUUCUGGGCAUGUCGGGUGGCUGCCUGCCACACGGGGAGAGUCAGGCCCAGGUCAACGCCUCCAAGCUCCUGCAGAGCUACAGGCAGCACCUGGAGGAGGAGGGCGAGGAAUGCUUGUCCAGGUACCUCAGCCAGAUCCACAGCUUCAGCCAGGGCAGAUAACCCCAUGGACUGUUUGUGCAGCCACAUGUUCCCUCCAAGGUCAGGAACAGGAAAACAGAAACUGAGCUGUUUGCUGAAUGAUAUGAAUCUAUUUUUUCCAGCAGGUCUAAAGGGAUUCUGGGAGGGACAGGAACGUUAAAGACUCAAACUUAUUCUUCUGCCCAUAUAUAUAUAUUUUGCAUAUUUGCUCUUUUUCUGUUAAUUACACAAUUCUGCCACAGAAUUCUUCUGCUUUAUGUAGGUAGUGCAAGGCUUGUGGAGAAAAUGUGCUCUGAUAAAUAUAGUGUUUGUAUUUUAAAGCUAUAGAAAUUUGUGAUAGAAGGUACAUUAACUUAAAUGAAUAGUUUGUUGGUAUUAAUAGAUGUCUACAAACACAUCCUGUUGUUUUGUGCCCCUAGUUUGUGAAAUAAUCGUUGGUGCUGUGUUUCCUGAAGAACACGCUGUACUCUACAGUGUAUUUUUUUUAAAUCUACCACCAUAUACUUUAUGUUAUGAAUGUUGCAAGUUUUACAAAACAUGUAUAAAAUACACUAACUUAAAAUUUUUCAAAAUACCUAUUCAUAAUUUAUAAUCCGAAAAAGCAUUUAUGUAAUGCCUGGUCCUUAAAUGCGGUUGCUUUUGGCCCAGAAUUUUCUAGACUGCAGUUUCUGUUUUUCUUGGAGUGUUAGUUCACCUUUCCCCCUUCAAAGAAAUAUUUUUUUUUACUUUUUUCUGUGUGCUCACUCUGAGAGCCUGCUCAGGACGAGCUAUAGGAAUGCUCUAGGAAUCUCAGCGCAGUAUUUCCUACCAGAUGUUUACCAGAAGUCCUGCUUGGAACCGAUUUAUACCAUAAUAGAAUAACAAUCCAGUGAUACAUGCAAAAUACAAGGCAUCUGAUAAUUUGCAUCUGGAGAAAUAUCUUCAAGUGCAUUUAGAAAAUAUUCCAUUGAAUCGAAUCAUAACUUCCAGGAAAUAUGCCUUGAAGAUGCUAGGACUCACUGCUGUUCUUUGGGAUCAGGAAUGACCUCAGUACUGUGACAGUACUGACAUGAAGCUGAACACUUCUGACUGAGACAGCAGACGCAGAUCCCAGGAGACGGGGGAUGGGGGCUGCUGGUCUCUGCUAAAAGGACGAUAUACAAAUGGUCAUGUAGUGCUCACAGCCUGACAUUAACCUUGAGUAAGAGGAUUAAACAAGGCAACUGAAUCACCUUUAAUGAAGUUAGAACUUGCUUCACUGAUCAAAGUAUUUGUUUUACUAACUGUCUGAAACGUUUUUUUUUUGCCAAGCAAGAGAGUGAAUAAAUGUGACUAAUAUACUUUAGUUUUCAGUUCGCAAAUUCAGUUGUAUGUUUAAUAAUUUUUUGUUUAGGAAAACGUUUUAACAAUUCUACAAUGUUGCGGAGACUGCUAAAGCUUGCCUUGAUGGUGGUGAUAUUACUUGUAAAAUGCCGGUAGACUUUCUUUAAUAAAACUAACUUCAUCAUCGGAAGGCUGAGUGUUAGAUAUCUAAUCUGUAAAAGGAAAACAUGACCACUAGACAGAAAUAAGUGAUAAUGCCUUUGAAGAAUCAUCUAAAAGUGUUAUAAACAAAUCUGGACCACCUUGAUACCACUGAAAGGUUUAUAUAACAUUCAUGUUAACUGGGUCUUAUACAUGUGAUU